GUUUAACGUCAGUUUGGUUAAGUUGGAAAUAUCUUUGAAUACUUAUGCCCUCUUUAUUUUACCGGAAAAAAAAAUAACAGAGCAGCAGAUGAUUUAGCUAACUGAAGAAAUGUCGGAAGAAAACCCAAUUUGUAUUGGUGAACAGACUGAGAGUACACCGACAGCUUUACAGGAAAACCCCGAAGGACAUGCUAGUGAACACUCUGAGAUACAUCAGCCGGCUGAAGAGGGAGCAAACAAGCAGUACUACAAGUAUGAGGACAUUCACUCCAGACCCUACAUCACCCCCGACUCUGAGAUCCCCGAGAACCUCCUGUUCCUCUCUCACUCCUUUGGCUACGACGGUAGGCGCAGGGCGAACCUGCAGCUGCUGGAUGACAAAACUCUGAUCUUUAUAGCAGGGAACCUGCUCGUCCUGCUGGACGUUUCCACCAAGGAGCAGAGAUACCUCCGCUCCUGCAGCGGAGGAGGAAUUGGCUCCAUCACGGCACACCCUAGCAAGAAGUACUUUGUUGUAGCAGAGAAGGGAAUCCAGCCCAACAUCAUAGUGUUUGAAUAUCCCUCGUUACAACCGUUCAGCAUCCUCAGAGGCGGUACGGAGCGGGCGUACAGCUUCGUGGAUUUUAACGGUGACGGGAGCCUGCUGGCCAGCGUGGGGAGUGCACCCGACUACAUGCUGACUCUGUGGAAUUGGAGGAAGGAGGAAGUGAUGCUGAGCUGCAAGGCCGUUUCUCAGGAGGUCUACAGAGUCAGCUUCUCCCCGUACAACCCGGGACAGCUCACAUCAUCAGGAUCCGGACACAUCAAGUUCUGGAAAAUGGCUAGCACAUUCACUGGUCUUAAAUUGCAAGGGCUGAUGGGACAUUUUGGGAAAACUGCGGCAACUGAUGUUGAGGGCUAUGUGGAACUUCCUGAUGGAAAGGUGGUGUCCGGCACAGACUGGGGCAACUUGCUGCUGUGGGACGGGAACGCCAUCAAGGUGGAGAUUUGCCGUAAGGGAGGGCAAAACUGCCACGCUGGCAUGGUCCAGCCGUUUGCCCUGGAGGAGGGACAGCUGAUGACUUUUGGCUCUGAUGGUGUGGUCCGGGGCUGGGACUUUGAGAGCAUCGACAGCGCCGACAGUAACAGCGACGGCAGCAGGUUUGAGCUGGAGCCCAUGAAUGAGAUGGUGGUCGGACACAACGUCUGCCUCUCGUCUCUGGUGAAGACCUCCCUGCCCGACUCCUUCGUCUGGUUUGCUCAGGACUCCAGCGGAGCCAUCUGGAAACUGGAUCUCUCAUUCACCUACACGACUCCUGAUCCAGAGUGCCUGUUUACCUUCCACGGCGGACCGAUCCAGGCCAUGGACGCGUCCAGGAAAUCUCACCUGAUGGCCACGGCCGCUCUAGACCGUUCAGUCAGAGUUUUUGAUUUCCUGUCAAAAAAAGAGCUGACCACCACUCGCUUCAAUCAGGGUGGAACUGCUCUCGGCUGGGCUCCACCUUUGGUGAACCAGAGUGGUAGUUUACUGGUGACGGGCUUCGAGGACGGGGUGGUCCGGUUGCUGGAGCUCUACGACCCUCAGAGGCUGCACGUGGUCAGCGGGCGCAGCCCCAAAGGAGACGCCAUGCUACGCCUCAAACAGGCCUUCAAACCCCAUAAUGCCCCUGUAACUGCUGUUGCGUAUGAGCGAAGUGGACAAAUCUUAGCCACGGGGAGCUCCGACAGCACUGUGUUCUUCUUCACCGUCGGGGAAAAAUACAACCCCAUCGGCUUCGUCAGCGUUCCCGGGCCGGUGCAGGCGCUGGAGUGGUCACCUCAUUCCCACAGUGAAAACAGGCUGCUCAUCCUGUGUCAGAGCGGUCACGCGGUCGAAGUGCAGAGCCCCGAUCCGGAGGCCGAGAGGCCGACCAAAACCUUCCAGCUGCCGGACCUGUCCAGCAGGUCUUUCAGGUUCAGGAGCAUCAAAUCACGAAUCAAGAGAGAGGCGGAAAUCGCAAGACGUCAAGCCGCAAAAGAGAAGAAGAAAAAAGAACGAGAAGAGAGGUUGAAACAAUCAAAGAAUCCGGACAUAGAGCCAGAGGAAGAAGAAGAGGAGGAAGAUGAAGAGUUACCAUCUAUCUACAUCCCUGAGUCUCCCAGUCCACUGUACUGUGGCUUCUACUCACAGCCUGGCCAGUUCUGGCUCUCCAUGGGUGGCUAUGACUCAGGUUUCCUGUACCACUGUAAAUUCUCUGAGAAGCAGGACCAGGAUCCAGACCAGCGGCAGGAUGAGCCCUUCGACUUCCUGCCUGUCCACAGCACAGACGCCGACCCCAUUCGCUCCAUCGCCUUCAGCUCCAACAGGCAGCUGCUGCUCUGCGGCAUGCACUCAGGCUCCGUCAGGGUUUACCCUCUGCAGCCCGCUGACCACAGCCUCACCUCCAUGCAGGCCUACUGGGCUCUCAGUGUCCACGACAACCAGUACGGACACCUGCGCCACAUCCGCUGUAGCCAUGACGACCUUUUCGUGCUGACGGUGGGAGACGACGGGAACAUCUUCUCGUUUAGCCUGCUUCCUCCAGAGGAGCUGCAGAAAGGCCUGCAGAGAAAGAGGGCCAGGGUUCCUUCACCCAGGGUGGGUCUUGAGAAUGAGUCAUUGGCCCAGGACAUUGAGGACCCAGCAGCCUACAGCAUUGAGACGGCUAAGCAGAAGCUGGAGACGGACCGUCUGCGUCGGGAGGCCGAGCUGAAGAUCGUGGCCAAGCAGAAGAAGUUGGCUGAGCUCCAAAAGCAGUUUAAACAGCUGCUGAACGCCAACCAGGGUCUGCCGGAGCAAGUUCGCCUGACACCUGUGGAGCUGCAGCUGGAUCAGCGUUUCAGUGAGCAGGCCGAGAGGGUGAAGACCCAGCUUGUGAGGGAGGUCAGAAAGCAGAUGGCCUGGGAGGAGGAGCGCAGCAGCAUAGCACUCCGCAAACUACAGGACUGGUUCAAGGAUUCUCUGGAGGCCGAUGUGGUCACUGUGGUCGCUGUCUGCACCGACCACAGAGUCUCCACCUACCGUUUGCCGGCGCUCGCGAUGCCUUCAACCGGUCCCAGACAUCACAGACCAGGCAGGCCUGACGAAGACGAAGCUGCUGCGCCAGAAAGCAGAAAAUCCAGGGCUGAGCCUGCAAAAGACAGCAGCAUGUUAGAAGAAGAGGGGAGGCUGUGCCCCAUGCCGGCUCGUCCAGUGCUGCGCCCCCUGCCGGCUCGUCCAGCGGGGGUUAAGCUGGCAGAUCGGCAGGUCGAGAGGCUCCGAAAGGCUGCAGAGAAAGCUGAACAAGCUCGAGCCAAGAUAGAGAAGAGGAAGAAGGAAUGGGCCCAACUUUACGCAGAGAAGCCAAACGAGAACUGCGAGGAUCCGCAGGAUGUGCAGGCCAUCCGCGAAGCCAAAGAGAACAUUGGAGACUUAAAACUAAAGUCAGCCAAAGACGUGACGGUGCCGAAACACCUGAGGAUGAACGCUGAGAGGAAGAGAGCGCAGCUGAUAGACCUGGAGGAAAAUAUGCGUGAGAAGCAGACUGAGAUGAAUAGACGGAUCGUAACCUUGCGGGACUCCAAGGUUCGCCUGGUGUCUCAGUUGCGCGAUCAGGCUCAGCAGGUCCAGAAGGUCCAGCAGUGUCUGGCGCCCAUUCUUCACCGCCCUCUACCCACCCUGCCCACCAUACUGCCAGAGGAAACCCCAGAGAAGAGGCUGCUGUACAGCCACGCUACCCUGGAGCGAUAUCGGCUUCUGAGGGAACAAAGUUUCAAGAACAUGGAGCAGGAGGAGGGAGCCACAAGUUUAUUGGAGCAGCUGGAGAAAGAGAUGGAAGGAGAGGACAGGAAAGAGGAAGAAGAAGAGGAGAGAGGAGACAAAGGGACUCCUCGUCUGUCAGCUUCAUAUUUAACCCAAGGAGAUGAAGAAACAGCAGUGAAGGAAGAAGCAACGCUGAGCGAGCUGGAGAAGGAGCUCCGGACGGAGGAGGAGAUCAGACUGCUGUAUGAGCAGGACUCUCUGCUGGAACAGAUGGAGAGUUCGGUGUGUCAGUUUGACGCCGAGCUGCUGCUGCUGCGGCACCAGAAGCUGCGUCUGGACUGGCAGCUGAAGAUGGCCGACCUCCGCCAGAUGACGCUCUACCAAGAGCUGCUGCUCCUCAAGGAGUUCGAGAGGAGGGAGGACAGGCUGCAGGAGAAUCUCAGCGAACGCAUCAAGGAGGAGAAAAGCAUCACGUCUAAGCUGGAGGUGUAUAAUGAACAACUGGAAGUGAAGCGGGGAGACAUCGCCAAGCUGCAAGAGAGAGAGAAGGCUCUGGUUGCUGCCUUCCACGCUUCGCUGGGUGAAGAUAACAAGUUUGAAGACUUUCUGACCAAAGUCUUCAAGAAGAAGAUCAAACGCGUUAAGGAGACGGAACAGAAUGAAGGUGGCGAGGGAGAGGAGGACAGUGAUGAAAUCUCGGAUGAAGACGAUGAAUGGGCUGAUGAUGAUGACUAUGACAGCACAGAGGAGGGAGGAGCUGCUCUGGACUGCUCUGUUUGCCCUCCAGGAUGUGAGCCAGAGUUGUUUGAGAACACAGUGCAGCUGCGUGAGCGUCGGCUGGACCUGGAGGAACUGCUAGUGGAGGAGAAGAAGAGUGCUGAAGCUCUGAAGAGAGAGUGCGAGACCCUCGUCAAGAAGGAGAAGUUGGUAAAGAGCAGUCGGAAGGCAGCAGAGGACGACUUGGAGUUGGUGAACAGGGAGAAACAGCAGAAAAUGAAUGAACUAGAUGUGGUGGUUCCUAUUAGACUGCAUCAGAUUGAGUUCAUCACUAACGGCUCGGUGCCGUGUGACCUGAGCCCGGCGUUGGUGCUGGACAUGAAGGAGCUGAACAGGCUGCGGGAGCGCGUCAGGCAGCUGCAGGCGGAGAAGAGCCAUCAGAGAGAUCUGUACGUUCAGGCCCGCCAGCAGCACGUCAGGCUCAUCCAUGACCGCAAGGACAUGGACGCCCAAAUCCAGGUUCUGGAGAAGCAGUGCCACGAGCAGAUGAUGAUGAAGUUUGGGAGGCCGGUGGAUCUGGAGGCUCUGCAGACGCUGUCAGGCAACAGGACCAUGGAGGAGCUCAAGCAGGAAAAACUCCUCCGUGAAGCUGCGUACGCCAGGGAAAUCAAGCACCAGGAAAAGUAUCGCUGUUCCAUCUGUCUGGAUCUACUUACGGAUCCGGUGACUAUUCCCUGUGGACACAGCUACUGUAUGAGCUGUAUUAAACACCGCUGGGAUAAGGAGGAUCAGAAGAAAAUCUACAGCUGUUCUCAGUGCAAGAAGAUCUUUGAACCGAGGCCUGCUCUGAAUACAAGCACCUUGUUGGCAGUUUUACUAGAGGAACGGAAGAAGGCAGAACUGGAGCGACCCCAGCCCCACUUUGAAGUUGUUCCACCAAAGAAACAAAAGCUGGAUGAGGCUUCUACAAAGCUUCAAAUCUGCCCUCACCCGUCUGAGAAGGGGAUGGUUUUCUGCCACACUGAUCACCAGUGUAUCUGUUAUGAGUGCGCUUUUAAAUCACAUAAGGGCCACGACACUGUCUCAGCUGAGAAUGAAAGGGCCGAGAGGCAGAAAGAGCUCAGGGGGACUCAGCAAAACAACAAGGAAAGGAUCGGGAAUGGUGAGAAAUAUGAAAAGCUGCUUCAGAAGGAGGUGGAGGAUAUCAAUCUCUCUGCUGGUAAAGCUGUGGUGAACUGCGAGAAGAUGUCAUCUGAGCUUGACCAACUCAUGAAGAAAAACGCUGAUGUUAAGCAGAAGAUCAAUGAGCAUCGAGAAAGGGAAGUGAGUCGGGCCAAAGGGCUACAGGAGAAGCUGCGCCAGGAACUUGUCGAGCUGAGGAAGAGGGACGCUGAUCUGGAGCUACUCUCUAAAGCACAGAACAACAUUCAGUUUCUGGAUGAUUACUUCUCGCUUUCAAAUAUCAGUAAAUCUGCCAUCUUACCCGACAUCAAUACCCGCCAACUGCAACACUUUGAUGAUGUGACAAAAACAGUGUUCGAAGCCAGAGGUAAACUAGAGAAGGCAUGGAAAAGUAUCUCAGGGACAGUGAGUAAAGUAGAUGUUUUCCUGCCACAAGACCCCAAGUUCAAAAUGGAUCCAAACACAGCCAGCAUGAAGAUGGUACUAUCUGAAGAGAACAGAAAAGCCACCUCGGUCCAAGAUGAACGGUCCUAUCCUAGUCACCGAGGCAGGUUCAUGGACAGGCCUCAGGUUCUGAGUAGCAAAUGUCUGACGUCUGGACGUCAUUACUGGGAGGUGCAGUGGAGCGGCUUGGGAGUUGCUGUGGCCGUCGCAUACAAGGAUAUUGCUAGAACAGGAGAGGAAAGUAUCUUUGGAAACAAUGACAAGUCCUGGGCAUUGGAGUGUGUGACCAAAGGUACUACUUAUCAGAUCAAUUUCAAACAUAACUGUAACAAGGAAGAAUCUGAAAGAAUCAGUAAGAAAAUUUCCAUUUCUGGCCCUCAGUUCUCCAGAGUAGGAGUUUACCUGGACUACAAGGCAGGUGUUCUGUCCUUCUACAGCGUCUCUGAAACUGCCACCCUCCUCCACAAAGAGGAGACCACAUUCACUCAGCCGCUCUAUGCCGGGCUGGGGGUUUAUUAUAAGGGGUCUACAGCAGAGUUUUGUGAUAAAACAAGAGUUGGAGUGGAUUAAACCCAGGAAACUUAGAGGGCUUUUGCAUGACGGACGCCUGAUGCAACCUACAUGAAAGUUUUUUUGUGUGGUGUAUAUACUUACUUAUUUGUCAUAGUUUAGUUUGUCGAAAAAGGUCAUAGC